CGUUGUUAAAGAAUACGGAUUAAAUGAAAUACCUUAUAAUAGUUUGAAAAAUAAGAGAAAAUUAGGACGUGGGGGCUUUGGAAUAAUAUAUGGGGCAGAGUCCAUUUCACUAGGUCAUGUAGCCAUUAAGGAAGUAGAAUCAGAAACAGACGAAAAGGCUCAAAAGCUUUUUAUAAAUGAGCUAAAACAACACAGUAGAUCUAAUCAUGAUCGAAUUAUUAAAUUUUAUGGGAUUAGUCUCAACGAGGCAGAGAAAACACAUUAUCUU